AUGUGGAUCUCCUGCUCAUUUCUUACUAUCAUUGUACUGGCCAUUGUGUCAGAGCUUGCUUCUUCUGCGAACAUUGGCAGCACCCUCGAACGGAGCCAUAAACUCCCCCUGCUGAAGCUUCCAUACGGGACAUGGCGGGCCCAUCAAUACAAUGCCGAAGCAGAUGUUUAUGUGUUCCGCAACAUCCGCUACGCUGCUCCUCCACUUGGUGAACUACGCUGGUCCAAACCAGCAACCCCCGAAUUCAUUCCUGGCAUCCAAGACGGUUCGUACGGUCAUAACUGCAUUCCUGCUCCAAUUCCAGACCAGUUUUUUAUGCCAGGCGUCAAAAAUCUCACCAAGAAUUCAGCCGAGGACUGUCUCUUUCUCGACGUUUACGUGCCCGGGAAAGUGGUAAGAAAACGCCAGAGACUGAUUCCAGUGGUUGUUUGGAUUCAUGGUGGAGCGUACGUUAGCGGCUCCAAAGACCAGGCAAUAGGGACAGGAUACUACGAUGGCACAAGCCUUAUCCAGCAAGCAGAUAACAAUCUGAUUGUUGUAACUAUUAAUUAUCGCCUGGGAGCUUUUGGCUUCCUUGCCGGAGAGCCUCUGCGCACCCAAGGAGUCUUCAACGCUGGUCUGCAUGAUCAGCGAGCUGCCCUUGCUUGGGUACAAGCAUACAUUCAUCUACUUGGAGGCGAUCCUGACAGUGUCUCUGCCUGGGGUGAGUCUGCUGGUGGUGGGUCUCUGAUGUAUCAUUUGAUUGCAGAAGGUGGGAAGCUUGAUCCCUUAUUCCGGAGGGCGCUACUCCAGAGUCCUUCCUUUGCAGUCAACGCAAACCCCCAAGUGAAUCACAAGCUAUUCAGAGACUUUGCAGCGGCUGCACAAUGCCCAACUGAAGGGGAGGAUGCACUCCGCUGCUUGCGCUUAGCAAAUAGCACUAUUCUAACCAGGGCAAAUGAGGAGGUGUAUCUCGGUGCGCCCGUGCCAGAUGGCAAAUAUAUCCGGAAUCCUGCUCUGUUCGAGUACGCCAGAGGAAAUACCUGGAAAAAAAUAGAGUCAGUAAUCGUUAGCCAUGUCAUAGACGAAGCAAGCCUUGGCCUCCCCGACCCUAUCCCGGAGGGCCAGGUGGAGGCUUUUAUUUCUAAUAACUUACCACCGAACGCUACCGAGCAAACUAAGACAAUAGCCAGCCUCUUUGAAUCACUCUACGCCAACUCAACUCAGAAGGAAAUGCUGUCUGCAUUAUACAACGACAUUCUCUACACUUGCAACUUACGGGCUGUUCUGAAGGCCUACCCGAGCCCCGCGUGGGCGUUUCAGUUCAGUUUCCUCGAUGGCAUGAUAAAUGGGAAGCAUGCAAGCGAUAUACCCGCGACAUGGUAUAACACGAAGCUCCAGGGCAGUAUAGAACCACUAUUUGGGCAAUUCCAACGGUAUAUAACUAACCAUGCACGGACGGGAAAUCCAAAUACGCCCCACAGCAAGAAGCAUGAGCUUGAAUACUGGCCCGAGGUUACCGGGCUGGAAGAGGAUAUGCCAGGAAAUGUGUUCAAUAUGAGCAACUGGGGAUUUGACAUUAUACGAGAUAACCAGAUGCCGAAAAGCGUCUGCGAUGCUUGGAACGAGGCGCUCGUGGAGGCCGUCGAGUUGAACCGCUGA